AUGCAAACCAUACGACACUCUGAACAGACACUGAAAACAGCGCUCAUUUCAAAGACCCCAGCACUUGUGUCUCAGUAUGAGAAUUUCAACGCGGGGGAACGGCGCCUGAUGAACGAAGCCUUUCAGCCAAACAGCGCUCUCUUUGGACCCAUUACCUUGCAUUCAGAAUCAGAUUGGAUUACCUCCCACCCCGAGGCCCCCCAAGACUUUGAACAAUUUUUCAGUGAUCCUAAAAGGAAGACCCCAUCUCCAGAAAAAUGCAAUAUCUAUAUACAGUCUAUUGGAUCUCUAGGGAACACCAGGAUAAUUAGCGAUGAGUAUAUUAAAUGGCUGAAGGGCUACUGCGAAGCCUUUUUCUAUGGCUUGACCGUCAAACUCUUGGAGCCUGUUCCUGUUUCUGCAACCAGGUGUUCCUUCAGAGUCAAUGAGAGCACACAGAAUCUUCAGAUUCACGCAGGGGACAUCCUGAAAUUCUUAAAAAGGAAGAAACCAGCAAAUGCCUUCUGUGUUGUGGGAAUAACAAUGAUCGAUCUUUACCCACGAGAUUCCUGGAAUUUUGUCUUUGGACAAGCCUCUUUGACAGAAGGCGUGGGGAUAUUCAGCUUUGCCAGGUAUGGCAGUGAUUUUUAUAGCUCACGCUACGAAGGCAAAGUGAAGAAGCUGGAGAAAACGUCUUCAAGUGACUAUUCAGUAUUUGAUAACUAUUAUAUUUCUGAGAUCACUAGUGUUUUUCUGCUUCGAUCCUGUAAGACUCUGACCCAUGAGAUUGGACACAUCUUUGGGAUGCGACACUGCCAGUGGCUGUCUUGCCUGAUGCAAGGCUCCAACCACUUGGAAGAAGCUGACCGCCGCCCUCUGAACCUCUGUCCCAUCUGUCUACGUAAGCUGCAGUGUGCCAUAGGCUUCAACAUAGUAGAAAGAUACAAAGCUUUGUUGAGGUGGAUUGAUGAUGAAUCUGCUGACAUGCCCCGAAUGACGCCGAAACACAGUCGAGAGGGAAACAAGAAUUUGCCAGACCGCCUGGAAGCCUUUAAGGACUGGAAAGAGUGGAUAAUGAAAUGCCUUGCUGUUCUCCAAAAAUAA